CACAGGUCGCCGCUGCAAUUUCGGAAUCUGCGCUUGUAUAUGGCGGACGAGACUUUCCACCGGAGGAGGAACCGCAGCACGAACCCCCGGUGCUUCGGCAGGAACCCCCGGUGCUCGGCCGGAACCGAGCCGCUGAGCACGGCCCGAGUAAAGAAAACCUUAAAACCCACGGCUCCAUUACGCCAUUACUCUUUUCUUAAAAUGUAACGCAGCGUGUCGAGGAGGAGGAGGAGCAGGGAAAAAAAAAAAAAACGUCGUGGUGGGAAUUUUUUUUUUUGACAUUUGGAAUUUCUCAUAACUAAUUCACAAUUUUUUUUUUUCCUCCGGAGGAAGCAGUUGAGCAGUCGCCUCUGGUUCGCGGGAGGCAAGCCUUCUGGAGCGGGGAGGCUGUUUUCGCAUGAGCUGCAUCGUCUCUGGAGAAGCACAGGCUCAGAGGAGGAAGAGUCAUGAGUGCACAAGAGGCACCCAAUCCUGGGAAGGAGCCGGCGGACAGUGGGAGCGCAGCCACAGAUGGCCCAUCACCAACCUUAGCCUCCGCCACCAAGACUACGAGUCCAGCACCCGUCACAGUUAAGAAAGAGCCUGGGACCUCCGAGACGAGCAACGGGAAAGUUGGCGAUGCCAACCCUGCUGAGAUCUGUGUUGUUAUUGGAGGAAAUGAUGGAGGAGCAAGUGGAGGCGGAUCCCGUAGAGCUCCUACCGAGGGUUCAUAUGUAUGUGGGGUAUGCGGGAAGAAGUACAAGUAUUAUAACUGCUUCCAGACACACGUCAGGGCACACAGAGAAUCAGAGGCUAUGAUCACAGAUACUUUACCCCAGACACCCAACAACAGCUUCCGUUACUCCUGUGACAUCUGUGGCAAGAAGUAUAAAUACUACAGCUGCUUCCAGGAGCACCGUGACCUGCAUGCAGUUGAUGAUCCUUAUGAGCAGGUAGUGUUACCUGUGGAUGGCCUUAAAGAUGAGGAGCCAGUUGAACCCUACCAGAAGAUUGGACCAAGGGAAAAAGCACUCGCCCACCUCUUCAGAGACCGUGGGUUCAAUCGACGGCAGCGGGUGUCCCUUCAAACACAAUUGGCAGUGUUCGCAGAAACUGGGAGCUAUGUUUGCGAGUUCUGUGGGAAGCAGUACAAGUACUUCAAUCCAUACCAGGAGCACGUCGCUCUUCACACACCGAUGGGGUCCUUUGAUAUGAAGGCAUCCCGGGUACAGGAAUGUGGUAGUAUAGACAUGAGUAAAUUUGGCCACAGCCAAGCUGCCAAGAUAAAAAACAGUCCAUUCAGGCGGAAACUGGAGAGUGCGAUUCAGUCGAGUCUGGUCGACACAAACAGCUCGCAGAAUUCAAGCGGAACCCCGAGCCCUCUGGUGGCCACAUCCUUCUCUACAACACCGAAACCCUACACUUGUGGUGCCUGUGGCAUCCAGUUCCAGUUCUACAACAACCUGCUGGAGCACAUGCAGUCCCAUGCUGCUGACAAUGAGAACCACACCAAAGGGGAGUCUCCCAAAACCUCCUCAGCCACGGGUCCUCAGGAGCAGCUGUGGAGAGGUUCUCAGGCUCCGGCCCAUUCCUCAGUUAAACUACAAAUCCAGCCUCAGAGUAUUUCCCAGAGAAACCACACACUCAGCCAAAAUAAUGGACUACCUGAGAAGGAGCGACAGCAGGUGGCUGAGCGUCUUUUACGGGUAAUGUGUUCAGAUCUGAGCAUGCUAAACGUGCUUAACAGCAAGGACUUCCUGAAGUUGGCACAAACCUUCGUGGAUACUGGUGCUCGUCAUGGUGCCUACUCUACCCGUGAUGCUCUUGGCAACAUGAGUGCCUUGGCACUGCGUCAGCUGCCCCGCAUGUACAACCAAGUCAAAGUCAAGGUCACGUGUGCUCUAGGCUCAAACUCCUCACUUGGCAUCGCCGUCACCUGCCACGCCCAGACAUCUGGACCAGAUGCUUGCUUUGUUCUCACAGCCUACCAGGUGGAGGGGUCGAGACUGAAGCGCUAUGUGCUUGGCGUAAGGGAGGCUGAGCUUAGGGAGGGACCUGAGCAGAUUCACCACUGGGUCCAGAAUGUGCUCUCAGAGUUUGUCAUGUCAGACAUUCGCACUGUGUAUGUCUCGGAGCCCCGGGUGUGGGCGGCAGGAUUUGCUGGAUCACCUCUGGGAGGCGGUGGCCGGGGGAGGAUAUGCUUGCGAUGCGCUGGGUGUUCACUCGGUGCUGUUGUCCAGGCUGUCCUCGGGAAGCGCAGUCUCCAGGCUCGAGGUCUGAAUGAGUUGGCCGAACUUCUCUCAACUUGCAGAGAUAUCGCCUCCUCCACCACACUGUCUCUCCGUGAGGAACAGUGCACCAACACAUCCACAAGCACAGCUGAUGAAGGUUCACAGGGCAGCCCCGCACAGUGCCCCACUCCUCCUUGCUGGGAUCGCAUGGCUGAAGCUCUUCUGCAGGUCCAUGCCCACUUUGAACAGAUCUGUGAGGCUUAUGGACGCAGCAAGUCCACGGCUCCACUGCUCCAAGGUCUCAACAAGCAUCUGCUCGGCACGCUGGCUUGUCUCUUGGCACCUCUGCGCCUGGCAGCUCUGGAGCUGAGCAGCCAGAGGAGACCAACCUUACAGCAGGUGCUGCCUGUCUACCUUCGCUUGGAGAAGUUUUUCACAUCUAAAGCAGGGGAGGCUGGAACUGGCACGGCUAGCAAACUCUGCCACUACUUCCUAGAAGCACUGAAGGAAAACUUUAAGGUUGAACGCGCUCACCAGGUCGCCAUGAUCCUGGACCCACAAAUCAAGCUACGUUCAGUGCCAGCCUACCAGCAUGAAGACAUCAUUUCCCGUGCAUGUGAAAUGGCUACUGAAACCAGGGAUGGAGGUAUGACAGGUGGUGGAGGUUCGGGUGGUGAAGAUCGAGACACUGAUGGCCCACCAACCCCUAAAAUAAGCCGCGUAGAGGGAAGUGGAAGCAAUGGCGGCACUUCAAGGAGGACACCCUCAUGCACGGUGUCUGGUAGCGAUGAGAGUCAGAGCCAAGUUAGACAAGAGAUUUUUCAGUACCUGGCUGAGCCUCUUCUCCAAGGCACACCUGAUCUCCUCCAGUACUGGAGCUCUGCAGUGGGCGACAAGUUUCCCAGACUCGCUCGCCUGGCACUGUGGCUCCUCGCCGUUCCUGCCGUGGGCAUACGGGGCGAGUGUGUGACUGUGUGUGAGCAGAGCCUGGCCAUGAAGAGGAGGCAGCAGGUAACCACUGAGGAAAUGAACAAACUCAUUUUCCUUCGCUCCAACAUGGGCUAGAAGAGAAAACCCAACCUACCCUUAUCAACCAAACGUUCACCUCCAACAAAUGACUCAAGACUAUUAUUUAUAUACUGUAGGUUUAGACCAACUGUAAACUUCAAUGUGUAUGGACAUUAAAUACAGAUAUUUACAGGAAAACUCACAUUGUAUAGGUCGCACACACCCAUAAAGCAGCAUAUUACAUAUUUUAUAUGGAGAAAGGACUGUUGAAAAGUACUGUGGAGAAAAUGUAGGGGUGGAACGUUCACUCUCAAAAGAUCGUCCCGUUUGGUACGCCUUCCUCGGUUUGGGAUGCACAUGUCAGCAGGAUGAGUUUUGGUUUUCUCUUGGCCAGUAAAUUUAAUUACUCCAGCCUAACAACUUAACUGCUACGAGGCUAUGAUGCUGUUAUUCUCACUGGAUGGCAACAUUUUCAGGUAAAAUCUACUCGCUGCUUGAAGCUGCUGUCAUAGACCUCUGAAAACACAAUCAAUCAUCAAAGACGUUAGCAGUAAGUACUGUAGCAUGUACAGUAUGUUGUAUAGUAAUUGUUUUCAUUGGUGUAUGACAAAAAAAUCAAGUGGUGAAUCUUCACUGCCAUUGUAUCUCUGAGACUUGUACCAGGUUUAUGAUUUACUGUUAUGUACCACUGGCAGUGAUAUGUUUUAGCCACAGGAGAUCUGAGCUAAAUCAUGACAGCUAAUUUGGUGUUUGCACCAGUGGUCUCUACAUGUAGCUGCAGAUCAUUUACAUGCACUGCACAUUUCAUCCAGAAGGGUAAAAAAAAAAAUUCCAGCUGAAUAAACAGGAAUUCUGAUAUGAAGCCUUCCUCCUUGUUUAUGAUACUUACAGUGAGGAAGUCAUGAAAUGGUUUGACUUCUUUCUAAAAUUCGAUGAGGUAAAACCCUCACACCAGGGACACACUGUCCGUGUGAGUCCAGCUGCUCUUCUAGAAAGUCGGGGUCACACCUAUUUUCUCCCUGUGUGAUCAGACGCAGCCCUCGGUGUGGCCCAGGCUGGAAGCAGAAGUCAAACUGACAGACCUCCAGUAGUUAACGUGUGCUCAUGACACAGAGAGGGCAGCAUUGUAUCAGAAUCUUUUUGUGGUGCAUUUACACUGAUUUCAUUCAGCCUUACUAUUAUUACCUAUUACUAUUAAAGAAAUGUACUGACUACAUAAAUCUUAUAUAACUCUUUUAAUACUUGAUGGUACAACCCAGCCUGCAUGUCAGUAAAUACACAGAAAUAACAUGUUGAUGACAUUUUGUCUCUUUUGAUGAUAUUUUCCAGUCAGUUCUGUGAAAAGACACUUACAGCUGUGUCUUUAAGUUGCAUUUAAACACCUCAGUCUGCAUUAGCCAUCAGUUCAAGCUUGUAGACAAGUGGUCGACCACUGUGUAUGUCUAGUUGUGUAUUUGUUUUCAAAGCUUAAUUAGAAAACACUUUCACAAAAAGAUAGCUACUUUAUUUAUUAUCCUUUCCUCAUUCUUCACGAGAAUAUAAACAUCGUCUUCCUUACGUGAGCUACACAUUUCCAUUUUUUUAAGGCAAUAAGUUUUAUCAUAGGGCAGAGUUUCUGACUUUCUCUAUUGAAAUUGACUUUUGUCACGAUGCUCCCACGGUUUAUUAUUAUUAACAGUAUAUAUUAUUUUUCUCUUUGUGAAAUCAACAGGAUUUUCUCAGGAAUGAGUGCACCCAAGCAGGCACCGCCACUUUUUCCUCACUGAACCUAAAAAAUGUCCUCACUGAACCUAAAACACACCAAACUGUGACCUCAAUGCCGAGGCAUGUACUGAACCGUGACUUUCUGCGAAACGUUCCACCCCGAAUGCAGUUAGUGCCAUUUGCAACAAACGCAAAAGAAAAAAAAAAGGAUCUGUUUAUGAGAAUCUUAUUUCUUUCAGGACGAAACACAUUCUGACAGUACAUUCAUUAAAGUCACCACAUGCAUACUAAUGAAGUCAAGUUAUUUAUUUUUUUAUGGAUUCUAGAAUACAUUUACACGAGCUAAUACCUCCUAAAAAUGACUUGGAUGAAUGGAAGUUAUACUGUAACGUGUGUUUGUUGCCUCUGGUACUAAUCAAGUCAAAUACUAUUGUCAUUUAUGUUUUUUGGGCCUUAAGUCUCUUUUCAUGUGAUCACCUUGAAUCCCUCGAGUCAGAGCCAACUUCAUGCCUUGAUAUUGCUGUUCAAUGGCCUUCUUUUCACCAUGUUUUCUAAAGCUUGUAGUUUUGUUUUACACUCCUGUAGACGUCUUCUGGCUGAUUGGAGGAAACAAUGUCCUCUGGUGGUCAAAUGUGGACUUUUUAAAAAAAUCGUGGGUAACUGUGGUAUUUGAAAAGUGCUUUGUUCCAGUGUUCCCAAGUUUUAAAAACCAACAGAGCAUGUAUGCUUUUACUACAACCUCAGUUAAUAAUACAGGUCAUCAGGUCAUGAAUCAUUUCAACAUGAACACACCCAAGCACAAGUAUCUACUGUUAAAACGUGUAAUGAAAUAACUCAGUGUAAGUCACAUUUGCAGGUCUACACCACAAUAUUUUUAUUUCGUUUAUUUUUUGCAGAAGCUUUAUCAUUUACUCUCCGUUUAAAUCAAAGAUCAUUGAUAGUCCCACAUAAAACUACAGUGAGAUGCGAAUGGUUUAAAAAAAAGCCAGGGACAGAUCGGCUUCACUUUCAAAUCUUUUUUUAAUCCACAUAAAUACAACUGUGGGUUUAUAUUUACUUUUAUAUGAUUUGAAAUUCUAAUUUUAAUUAGAAAUGCAUACAAGGUUAAAUGAUAUUAAACCAUCAGUAGUGAAUGGCUCUGCAUUGCACACAUUUUCACAUGUUUUCUAAUAGACUGUACUGUAGCCUCCCUUUACCUCUGUUCACAACUUUAGUGUUUGAUAAAUCCUUUUCUCUCUUGAAUUUUUAUUUUGAAGUGUCAGAUUUUUCUCACUUGCAUUUUUGGUUCUCAAAAAGAUUGAAUUAUUAUGUCAGGGUUGAUUUUGAUUAUCUAACAUCUGGGUUGAUUUUGAUUGUCUAACAUUUUGACACAGUGUAUCUGUUUUUCCUCUGGUUCUGUGAGACGUGGGGAGCAGCGUUUGAUUCCCUGUGACCCAGACAUGCAUCAUUUCCAAAAUCAAUAUGUAUCCUGCUGUUUUCAGUCUGAUUUAUGUCACACGUUUAUAUUUUGGUAGUAAAACAAACACU